CACUUCUAUCGACUACCUAGCAUUCUACCAUACCAUCUUUCCGCCGAUUCAGUCACGACUGCCGUCACCUUUGACGGUCAACGGCGAAGCCUGAUCAAGUCGGAACUCUGAGAGUGGCUGCGCGUCUUCAUCCAAAUCGUGCAGCGACAGUCGAAACUCGCCCAACCUUAACGGUCCAACCAUGUCUCCCAUCAUGCUGAAGACCGUUCUCCUCUCUACUCUCCUCGCAACAUCACAAGCCUUCAUCCCCGUAGACAUCCAACCACUUCCUUCCGAUCUCGACACGAACAAAUGGUCGGCAGUCACCACGCUGACCAAAGGCAUACCUUCCCUGGCGCUAACUACACCUACACCGACACCUGACAUCCAAAUCCUUCCUGUCCUCGACGCCAACAUCGUCCCCGAACUCAAGCGUCAAGUAACAGGACAAGACGCGGGUGCGACAACCACAGCUGUCACUCAAAUCUCCCCAGUUACCACAUACUACGCGAACUCCUACAUUGAUGGCGUACAAACUCAGGUGGCUGUCGUAUACACUCAAACAUUUGCCGCAAUACCCGACCAGUGGCCUUCGUACACUGCCGGCUCAAUCGGGCUUGGGACACUCACCGGAACGAUUGGCGUGGUCAAAUCCAAGAGAAGUCUUCCUACACAAAUGCCCAUGGGGAGCGGUGCAGUCAAGAUGGAGACUGCGGAGGAUGGCAAUGACCGGCUUUUGCCUUGGAUCAUGAACAAGCUCGUGGGAGCUGCGAAAGAAGAGCAAGAGAAAAUCGUGGAAACAUUGCAGGAAGAGAUAGAAAAAGUAAAGAACUUCGUCCACGAAGAAGGCGAAGGGCUUCAAUCGGAGGUGAAAGAGCAAGAGCAGUCUGCAGCGCCAGUCACUGUUUUGCCGCCAAAUUUGCGGAACGCUGCACCAUCCAAUGCAGCAGGUGUAUUCGCGACAAUGGCAGUGGUAUCAGCGACAGUCUGCAUGGCAUUUCUGUGAAUGUCAUCCUCUCCAUGAGAGAGUGGAAAGUGCCAGCUGCAGAAGCGGAUUAGCACGCGGGCGCAAUCUGUGUGGGUUAUGGGUCAUCCAUGCUAGAAAUGGGAUGUGUUCUCUUUGGAGUGCGAUUGAAAAAGCAGGCCAGCAGUAGAAGAGCCUCUGUGUUGCUAGACAAGCUGUACUCAGCGUGUGCAUCCUAAGGUGUUCAUGCUGCUUCGAUGUCCAUGAUGUUAC